AUGAAACUCUCCACCCUCGGUUCAGCCCUUGUGGGCCUAGCUGUCGCGCAGGCAUCGACUAUCAGUUACUCUGCGGUCACAGGCUACUUUUUGCAGGAUGAGGAGUCGACUGAUGCCUCUACAUUUGACUAUACGGCGGAGAACUUCGGCCUGAUCAGCCGCGCAUAUCCCGCAGACAAGGAGAACAAGAAACACGAGUCUCUAACCCAAUGGGAGCGCUUCUAUAACCAGGUCGCCAAGUUGAAUGAUCAUUCUCCUCCGCACAUCGAGUAUAAGGUUCUGUUCCUUGGUCGACAUGGAGAAGGAUGGCACAAUGCCGCCGAGACCUACUAUGGCACCCCAGCGUGGAACUGCUACUGGUCCGAACUGGAUGGCAACAGCACAGCAAGCUGGGCAGACGCCACCCUCACACCCGGCGGUAUCACCCAAGCACUCAAAGCAAAUGAGUUCUGGCAAAAGGAGAUAAACGAACAACGAAUCCACACACCAGACCACUACUACGUCAGCCCACUGACACGCACCCUUCAAACCGCCAACCUAACCUUCGGGGACCUGGACCUACCCAAGCACAGCGCGCACUUCAAGCCAACCAUCAAGGAACUCUUCCGCGAAGGUAUUAGCGUACACACCUGUGACCACCGCCGCAGUCGCAGCUACAUCCACGACCUAUUCCCGCACUGGUCCAUUGAGCACGGGUUCACCGAGGUGGAUGAGCUGUGGAAUGGCGUGACUGGUGAGACCAGUGGCGCACAGGAUAUUCGGAGUGCGCAAGCAUUGGGGGAUAUUUUCUUUACUUUGUCCAAGAAGAAGUCGUUUGUGUCGAUUACGUCGCAUUCGGGUGAAAUCUCGUCUAUUCUGAGGGUUAUUGGUCACCGGACCUUCAAGUUGAAUACCGGUGCUGUUAUUCCGGUGUUGGUCAAGGCUGAGAGGAUUGGAGGCAAGGCCCCCGUCACAUCUUCUGUGCCUUGGGAGGUGAGCCCGCAUUGCACAGAGCCUCCGGUUUCAUCGGCUACGGCUUGUGUUUGUCCUUCCGGUGUGGCGCCUGUUACGACGCCUUUGGCUACCGGAUUUUAG